AUGUCGACGCUCGAUCAGGCUGGGCUGAUGCAACUGUUGGAGAGCCUAUCGAUUCCUACCUCGGAGGUUGCCGAAGCUACCGCCUUGAGCAAUCCACUCGACUUGUGCCGUUCAACGCUUGCCGAGCUGCUGGCUGGUCUCGUGGACUGCGACGUCCAGGCUGCAUACAAGUCUAUCCACUGGCCCAAUAACAUCUUCAACGGCGACCUGUCUGUGACUGUUCCUAAGCUUUGUCCCGGGCAGAAGCCCGCCGAGUUGUCUUCCCAGCUGGUCGACAAGUUUCCAAAAGACCAUGCACUCUUCGAUCCACCCUUUCUUGAUGGCGUGCAUCUGCGCGUGUUUCUGAAGCUCGAGGUUGUGGCACGCCUCCUGCUGCCGUAUAUCCUAGAUCGAAAGUCCAGCUACGGUUCCCAAUUGUCGACUGGUGUACCCAAAAAGCUCGUAGUAGAGUUCUCGUCACCAAACAUAACGAGUGAGUUCCAAGGAAAACAUUUGCGUAGUACAAUCAUCGGAGCAUUCAUCGGCCGCUUGUACGAAUCCCUAGGAUGGGAAGUAAAGCGUAUCAACUACCUUGGCGACUGGGGCAAACCAAUUGCCCUACUAAAAGUCGGCUGGGACAAGUUCGGCUCAGAGGAGGCUUUUGCGAUGGAUCCAGUUGGUCAUCUACUCGACGUGUACCACCAGAUCGAAAGCCUGUUCCAGCCUGAACAGGCGGCGAGCAAGAAAGCCAGAGAUGAUGCAGCCAAAGAAGGUAGAGAUGAGGGCGAGGCACAAGUCCAGAUUGAAAGCCAGGGUAUCUUUGCAGAACGCAACGAAGCUUUCAAGAAGCUCGAGGCUGGUGAUGAAGCGAUCGUUUCCUUUUGGAAGCGUGUGCGAGAAGCAAAUAUCGACAACUACACUGGAUUCUAUGAGCGACUGGGCGUUCGGUUCGAUGAGUACGCAGGCGAGUCGACAGGUUCCCCGGAGGUCAUGGUUGAAGUCGAACAGCUGUUGAAAAACAAAGGCUUUUCGGAGGAGAGCGGUGGAGCGUGGAUUGUACACAUGCAAAAACUCGGCGCCAAAGCUGGAACUGCCAUCAUUCGAGACCGGUCGGGAAGCAGCACGUACCUCCUGCGAGAUCUCGCUGCUGUCUUGGAACGCUCGAGGAAGUACGCAUUCGACAAGAUGGUCUAUGUUGUGGCGAGCGACAACAGCGUCCACUUCGCGCAAUUGUUCAGAAUUUUGGAGGCAUUAGACCUGAAAGACCUCGCCAGCAAAUUGCAACAUGUCCGAUUCAGCGAGGUGUCCAAGAUGGCGGCUACUCUAGGGAAAGGAUACAAGCCGCAAGCUGUCAUCGACGAGUGCGAGCGAGCAAUCAAAGCUCUGCCGGAUGCUGAUGCAUACAAAGCUGCGUUUCUGGGUAGUUCUGAGCAGACUGACAAAACUUUGGCGAUCUCUGCGCUCUUACUCCAGGAGCUAUCGACGCGUGCAACCAGCGCUCAUGUUUUCGACACAAGUGCACUUGCGUCCUUCAAGCCUGGGACUGGAUCUGAUCUGCAAUUCUGGUGCACCAAGGUCUGCGCUUUGCUGAGUGGACAGACUAUGAGCGCAGAUCUAGCGGAAGAUCAAUUCAAGUCGUUGGCAGACGAGGACCAAGCCAAUCUCCUGCGCGUACUGGCCCAAUAUCCUGAGGUUGUCAACGCCACAAUUCAUUCGCUCGAGCCAGCUGGAAUCGUUACCUACUUGACUGCCGUUGCUGAGCAGCUGUCUGAUUGUCUUGGAGAGGAUGAUAAUGACGGUGACAUCUUACCAGGCUUUGCUGCCUUGCUGGAAGCCACUAGGAUUGUGCUGCAGAACGGUAUGAAGCUGCUCGGGGUUGUCCCCAUUUCAGAUUUGCCACAAGAAAGGGCAGACACACCUAUAGCAGGGUAA